AUGACGGAGAAAGAAGCUGUUUCAAAGUAUUUAUCCUUUAAUGAGUCGAUAGAACCUAGCUUGACGCUCCCAACUGACUGUAAUGAAGUGGAGAUACCUGAUGAUUUAAUAUCUAGACCAUUACCAUUAUCUCACGAAUGGGUUGUAUGGGAACAAUUAAAUGUUGAGACAAGGAAAGAUUCCGAUUAUUCAAAUGCUACAAAGCCUGUGGCAAAGUUUUCAUCAGUUCAACAGUUUUGGUGGCUUUGGCAUCAUAUUCCUCAGCCUUCUGAGUUAUUAAAAGGUAAAAGAAUGAUUAGAGAAUCAUCAGACGGCUCAAAGAGUGUGGUUGAUGCUGUCAUUCUAUUCAAAGAAGGUAUUCAACCAAUGUGGGAAGAUCCUAUGAAUGCAACAGGCGGCCACAUUCAUUUUAGAGCAUGGCAAUCUUCGGUAGUUCCUGGAGAAUUGGAUACAAUGUGGAAUAAUUUGGUUUUGGCGGUUAUAGGAGGAAGUUUGAAAAAUUCUUCUAUUGUAAAUGGAAUCAGGUUGGUUGACAAACUUGGAGGCAACAAGGGUAACAUUAGAGUUGAGAUAUGGUUUUCAGACUUUUCUAAUCAAGCAGCUCACCAGGCACUCCUUAAAGAAAUUGAGACUUUAAUGAGCAGCUUAUUGGAUGGUUCGUCUUGCGAUCCUCCUCAUUUUGAAGUUAAAUCUCAUUCAAAGACUAAAUCUGAUGCUAAUUAA